UUAACCUCAUAAACCACUCUCAGCUCAUAAAUAUACACACAAACCACAAUCCUCAAAACCCAAAUUCAUAUUUUCACCUCUUCUUUUGUGUAAUAGUAAAUAGUAAGAAAAAGAGUAAAAGCCAACCCUUCCCCACCAGGAAAGGCGGCUCAUCUUUCGCCAGGCAGAACCCUUCUCAGGAACCAUCCAUAUAUUGCUUUGCCUUUCCUCUCUCUCUCUCUCUCUCUCUCUCUCUCUCUCUCUCUCUCUCUCUCUCUCUCCCCCCUCUUCUUCUUCUUCUUCUUCCUUCACAUACCAACUCCCUUCAACUUUUGUCUCCUCUCUAGGGUUUGGUACUCUCUCUUUCUCCACUUGGAGUUUAGGGAAAUGGAGAGCGAGAGGAACAGUGGGAGUAGUUGUAGCAACAACACUAAUACUAAUACUAACAACAACAACAUGAGUAGUAGUGAACUAGUUGAAGCGGUGGAGCAAGAGGUGAUGCUGCCAGGUUUCAGGUUCCAUCCCACCGACGAGGAGCUCGUAGGGUUCUACCUCAAGAGGAAGACUCAGCUCCGCCCUCUCUCCAUCGACCUCAUCAAGCAGCUCGACAUCUACAAGUACGACCCAUGGGAUCUCCCGAAGAUGGCGACGGGGACCGGAGAGAAAGAGUGGUACUUCUUCUGCCCGAGGGACAGGAAGUACAGGAACAGCGCCAGGCCCAACAGGGUGACCGGAUCGGGCUUCUGGAAGGCCACCGGGACGGACCGGCCCAUCUACUCGUCGGAAGGGAACAAGUACUGCAUCGGCCUCAAGAAGUCGCUGGUGUUCUACAAGGGGAGAGCCGCCAAAGGGAUGAAGACCGACUGGAUGAUGCACGAGUUCCGCCUCCCUUCCCUCGCCGCCGUCGCCGCCGGCCACCACUCCUCCAAGAGAUUCGUCGACACAACCAUCCAACCCAACGAUGCGUGGGCGAUUUGUAGGAUAUUUAAGAAGACGAGUUCGACGGCACAAAGGGCGCUCUCGCAAUCUUGGGUGUCACCGUCAUUAGUUCAAGAAGAAGCGGCACUCCCUACCUCCACCACUCCAAAUUGCUUCACUCAGUCGUUUAUGAGCUCCGCAACUACAACUACGACUGCUCCGUCAUUUCCUCCCAUUCAUCGUCUGUCGUUCGACUACAACUACAACGACAACAACUACUACGCUUCACCGGACUUCUACUCUUUCAAACCAAUCAACAACAGCAUCAUCCCAUUGGCUCCAAAGCCAUCCUACCAUCUCCACACCUACCCUUACUCCACGGCGGCAGACCAUGAAAGUAGUGCAAACUUCUCAUCGGCGAAGUGCACAUCGGAUCUCUCCUCCGUGCUCCUAAACAUGCCAUCAUCUUCGUCGUUGUCUUCGAUGCUCGUCGGCAAUCAUUUCAAGCAACAGGCCGGUGGUGGAGGUGGUGGUGAUCGCGAGAGUAUGAGUAGUAGUGUGGACCAGUUUAGUAACGGAUCUCAGCAUAGCAAUGGCAACGGUGGUAAUAUCGUUACUAGUAAUGGUGGCGCCAUCUCGUCGUCGUCGUUGAUUAGUGGUUCUUCACAUGAUCCUGCCUCGAUUAUGAUGUCGACGACGACGAAGAGCCCCGAUUUGGCGCACAUCGAUGGCCUUCCGUUCAGCUACUUGGGUCAUGAUGGUUGCAGCACUCCUACUACAGCUGCUUGGAAGCAGAACCUCUUGCUUUGGGAUUAUGCUAAUUACUCGUCGCCAACGUUUCCUGGUAGUGAUCAGGUUGCUACGACUUUUUCCACUACCAAGUGCUAUAACUAGAUGUUCAUCAAGAGAUUGAUGGACAUUGAGGGUUUUUUUAUUUAUGGUACAAGUUAGCUAGUUUAGUUUGCUUAGGAAGUUAUGUUUCUUGACAUUGACAAGGUUCUUUUAUCUGUUUUUUAUUUUAUCUUUGGGGUUCGUUUUUUUUUUUUUUUGGUUAAAUUGCAACAAAAUGAAGUAGAAGCUGACCUUUGGCAAGCAUCAAUGGAAGAAGUUAUAAUUAACUGCUUAUUUAGUUAUCUCAUUGUUUUAAGUUAAUUAAUUAAGGGUCCGGAUAGUAUAACAACGCUUAAAGUGUUGUUAUACUAACAACAAGGGCAUAAUAGUAAAAUAACGAUAAAAAUAAUAAAUCACAGGCGUCUCA